GAUUAGGUUAGACUAGAAUAAUUGUGUUACUACGUUAGGUUAGGUGCAGCCACCCUCCACCUCGCCUCUCGCUAGGCUUGACUGCUGCCUCAGUGGUUGUUGACCUUCUACAGGUGGUCGUCGAGAUGUGAGGUGUUGUCAGUGGAUGCUCAGGUGGCAUAGUGGGCGGCACCACCUGGCGGGCAGCACACACACACACUGUGGGCACCCCGCACAUCGUUUAACCUGCCCUGUGUCACGCAUAGCUCACCCCAACCACGCCGGAAGCCCAAACAGAAUCCGCCUCUACACCGCCGCGUCGUAGAGGCUUGGGAAACUCUCCCGCCAGCCUGAAGUAGAAGGGCUCGAUAAGUAAUACUCCAAGAUUCGCUCAAAUGCAAGUUGAGGAUAGAGGUGGUGAGGAGGGAUAGUUGAGGUGUGUGGGAUGCGUCCUUGUGGCUAGUGGUGGGCCCCAGGAGCAGUGUGCAGGGUUAUUGUCGUGUCAAUCAGACCGGCUACCGCGCACCUCAGGGCAACAACGACACGAGAUCUCCCUCCUCCACGGACUGUGUUGUCAGUCUUCCUCUCUGUGUGGUGAUGAUUCUGGCCUUAUUUAACCGAGUCUAAAUUUUACUCAGGCUGUAAUGUAGAGUAAGAUUUAAGUAAGAAAGAGAGUAGAGAUUACUGGGGAAGGAGUUAAACUAGAGUAGAGGAGGAGGGGAGAGGAGGGUGUGGCGGCGAGCGUGUGGUGGCGGACAGUAGGUGGCGAGAGGUUCACACGGUGCGCGUGGGAACACCGCCGCUCACACACUCGCACACGCACACACUCACACAUGUACGCCACACGCACACAUCGCCACCGCUUGUCUUGUACACCUACAAAAUUCACUUUUAACUAAAUCUCAACGUUGAAUUUAACGUAUUACUGAUAUACACCUAACGUAAGCCCGAUGUUACAGUUUUGAGCGAGUAAAUACGAGGUAGCGUGAGGGAGAUAGAAGGGAGUGAUCGUACGUCUGGCGACUGCGUGAGUCCCGCGGCGCACGGUUGUAUAUGAGGUCGACCGUCGCCCGGCACACGACACUUCCCAGCCCACCGCCGUCGUCGACACACGCACCGUGUGCUCUCACAUACGCACGCACGUGCAUGCACACCACUGCCUUGUGUUGAGGAUUACGCCCACAACUUCUCAUCCCCCAAGUGUCUUAGUUAACUGGAGUGCCUUUACUGUACAAUAUCAAAGUGAUACAAUAUACAAGUGUCGUACCAAACAGUGACAAGUGACGUACAUCAGUGAGGUAUUACACGUCUUGACCCGGACGACGUGUCUGUUGUGGUAUUGUUACUGGUGUGUCUUAUGAUCGUGAGCGGUCGUGCAACGGCGUUUAGCGGCGUGAAGCAGGAGGCAGGACUGUACGGGUCGUCGCGACCUCCGGGGCACCUUAACCACGUCGACGCCAACAUUUGCAACAUGAAGCGAACACUGAGUGAGAGUGACGGUGAUGACAUCUACUCUGGCGACGAGAAAGACCUGGACGACUGCUCCUCUAGUGGCGGCGGUGGAGGGGCCUCCCGCAAGCGUCGUCGCGGCAUCAUAGAGAAGCGCCGCAGGGACCGCAUCAACAACUCACUGUCGGAGCUGAGGCGCCUGGUGCCCGCCGCCUUUGAGAAGCAAGGGUCGGCCAAGCUAGAGAAGGCGGAAAUACUGCAGAUGACAGUCGACCACCUUAAGAUGCUCCACACCAAGGGUCUGGACGCCCUCGCCUACGACCCCAACAAGUUCGCCAUGGACUACCACAACAUCGGCUUCCGGGAGUGUGCGGCGGAGGUGGCGCGCUACCUGGUCACCAUUGAAGGCAUGGACAUCCAGGACCCACUGCGCCUGCGCCUCAUGAGUCACCUGCAGUGUUACGCCGCCCAGAGGGACCUGGCCAACAAACAGGCAGCGUCCUCCUGGGGGUGGGGGUCAUCGCAAGCGACCACCACUCCUACGACUUACCCUGCGGGGUCGUCUCUGUCUGGAGGGUUCCAGGGGCAUGUGCUGCCCCCACACGGUGCCACACACCCCUCCCCCGGCCCCCACCACACAUCCAGCCUGGGAGGCCUGGAUCAGAGUCACGGCAUGUCUGCCUUUAGCGCCCCGUCUUCCAGCGGCUCCAAUGAUCUGGGUAGUGGUGGGCCUGGGUGUAGCCUCGGGGCGGGGCAGGUCCCUCGUCUGCCCACCACGGGAUCCGGGGCACCACAGAUUCCUGCUGUCACCAUGAGCACAGCCUCCACCCCUCACACCAACUACCACCUCAACCUCAACGCCCACACCUUCCCCGCCAACCCUUCCAACAUCCCUAACCUGAACCUCUCCGGCAACACGGCGCCGCUCAACGCUGCCUCCUACAACCCCGGCCUGCAGCCUGGCGGCGCCGGGGUCAAGCCCUACAGGCCCUGGGGCGCCGAAAUCGCGUAUUGAAUCGAACCAAGACCACACCUUCCCCACGACCCUCUCACACACGGACUCGACCAUGGUGAAUCAUACUAUUAUCCCAUAAUUGGGAGUUUAAAUUAUGGCGAGAGUGACGCUGUGCAGGGUGAGUGAAGGGGAGGUGUGGGCAGGUUAGGGGAGGUGUAGGGGGAGCGAGGGGAGGUGUAGGAGGGACGUGACAUUAAUUAAAGAUCGACUUUUACUGUGAUGUGAAUCCUUAGGGACCAGACAUCAUCAUUAUCAUCUUCAUCACCAGUCACUAUCAUCAUUAUUAGUCAUUAUCAUAACCAUCAUUAUCACUAUCAUCACUAUCGCCAUCACUAUCACCAUCAUGUCCACACUCUGUAGUCUUAGUGCAAUAUUUAAGUGUUCAGUCCUGUGUAAAUAUGAAUGUAAAUAUUUUUGUACAUUAUCGUGCUUCAUAUUUUUGUGAUCUCUGAUAGAAAAUAAAAAAGUUUAUAAUUAA